UCGAAGGCUCUGUGGAAUCAUUUUCAUUUAUUUCAGAUUUCCAUGAUUUCUCCUCGUGUACUUUGCACAAACACAGUCUGGGUGAGGCGACACUGAAAUCCUGCACACCCGUCUGCAGAGUGUCCUGCUGAGGAAGGGCCGGGAGGGCUCUGUCUGACGCUCCUCAGCUAGCCCAGUGCCCAGGCCUCUGGGGCCCAGGGCAGUGACGUUUCUAAUGGCCCCGCAGCCUGCCCCCGCUCCCCAAAUCCCUCCCUGCACCCCAGGCCUGGCUGAGAGCUGCUCACCAGGGAACAGUGCUGACUCCCUAGGGCCCUCCCUUCCCCGGGGCUGUGGAUUCUGGCAACUUUGUUACCAGUCUUCCACCAGGGAAUAACAUUUCUGUACACAUGGGCGCCCCGAGGGCACUGUGUAAUGUUCCCGCCCGCCUGGCCAAGUCCUCCUGUAUUUCCGUCUCCUCAGUCCUCCUUUCUCUGAGGUGAAAUUUCUACACUCUUCUUUUCUAACUGUUUUGACAUUAGACUACACGUGGCUGCAUGUAAUCACCCUGCUGCAUGUUAGCACACGCAGACUUCUCCGCUGAUGCCCUCGUCCACCGUCCCUCCCUGCCCCUGGCCCUGAGAUCCAGUCUCCGACCCGAGUGAGAUCACGCAGUGCUUAUCUUCCAGUGUCUGGCUUAUUUCACUUAACACAGCGCUCUCCGGCCCCAUGUAUGUCGUCAGUGACAGCAGGAUUUCACCCUCCUGAGAGGCUGACACAUCCCAGUGUCGUGCAGCACUGUCUUCACUCAGCUGGAGCCGGUGGAUGCCGGGCUGGCUCCGUGUCUUGGCUGAUGUGCAUGGUGUCGAUGGACCUGAUUUCAAUUCUUUCGGAUGCAGACCCGGGGUGGGAUUGCUGGAUCCUAAGAAAAUCUAUUCCCCGCUGCCGAAGAAUUAACAGGAUGCUGUCCAACGAAUCCCUACACCCUCCAGCCUUCAGCCGCUCCAACUCACAGGCCUCCGUAGACAGCGCAUCCAUGGAGGAUUUCUGGCGGGAAAUAGAAAGCAUCCAUGAGAGCAGUACUGGAGCGCGGGGGGAAGAGCUGCCCUCCGAGAUCAAGCCGGUGGAUGAAGGGGAGCUGGAAGCAGAGUGGCUUCAAGACGUGGGGCUGUCAACUCUGAUCUCUGGGGAGGAAGAGGAAGACGGCAAAGCCCUGCUCUCCACAUUGACUCGAACCCAGGCAGCCGCAGUGAAGAAGAGGUACAACACCUACACCCAGACUCUUCGGAAGAAGAGCAAGCAGCCCGUGAGGGACGUCAGGGACGUCUUUGGGGUCAGCAAGGCUCUGCCGGAUGCUUCUUGUGACGAGCAUACCACGCAGCUGGAUGGCACCCCGGAAGAAAAGCAGCUACCAGAAGUCAUCAACACAAGUGAUCCAAUGCCGCAGGAUGCGCCUCUGGACAGCCCUGCCCUGUGCAACGGGCCGCGGGAGGAGGAGGGGAGCCUUUCGGACCCUGGGAGCAGCUCCACGUCGAUCCUCGGGCCCAUCCCGGAUGUACCCAUCCACGCCAACGGGUCCACGGAGCCGGGGCAGGCUGUUCCGAGCACGCUGAGCGACAAUGACUAUCUGGGAAAGAACAUUCCAGCAGAGGCUGAGGAGCUGUCCUUUGAAGUGUCAUACUCAGAACUGGUGACAGAGGCUCCAAAAAGAAACAAAUUGAAGAAAUCAGAGAUUAAGAAAGAAGACUACGCUUUAACUAAAUUUAUUGUUCAGAAGACCAGAUUUGGGCUCACUGAAGCAGGAGACCUGUCAGCAGAAGACAUGAAGAAGAUCCGCCACCUCUCUCUGAUCGAGCUGACUGCCUUUCUUGAUGCCUUUGGAAUUCAACUGAAAAGAAACAAAACAGAGAAAGUAAAAGGACGAGACAAUGGGAUCUUUGGAGUUCCACUUACCGUGCUCCUGGACAAUGACCACAAGAAAGACCCUGCGGUGAAAGUUCCCCUUAUAUUACAGAAAUUCUUUGAGAAAGUUGAGGAGUCAGGUCUGGAAUCCGAAGGAAUCUUUCGGCUUUCAGGAUGUACUGCCAAAGUCAAGCAAUACCGUGAAGAGCUGGAUACCAAGUUCAAUGCCGAUAAAUUUAAAUGGGACAAAAUGUGCCACAGAGAAGCUGCAGUGAUGCUGAAAGCAUUUUUCCGAGAACUGCCAACCUCUCUCUUCCCUGUGGAAUACAUACCUGCCUUCGUCGCCCUGAUGGAAAGAGGGUCCCACAUCAGAGUGCAGCUUCAGGCCUUGCACCUCAUGGUCAUGGCGCUGCCGGAUGCCAACAGGGACACGGCCCAGGCCCUCAUGACGUUCUUCAAUAAAGUGAUAGCCAACGAAUCCAAAAACCGCAUGAGUGUGUGGAACAUCUCCACGGUGAUGGCACCCAACCUCUUCUUCAGCCGGGGCAAGCACUCCGACUGUGAGGAGCUGUUGCUGGCCAACACUGCAGCCCACAUCCUCCGCCUGAUGCUGAAGUACCAGAAGAUCCUGUGGAAGGUUCCAUCUUUCCUUAUCACCCAAGUCCGCAGGAUGAACGAAGCCACAAUGCUGUUGAAGAAGCAACUCCCAAGCAUGAAGAAGCUGCUCAGGAGGAAGACCAUGGAGCGGGAGGUUGCAAACCCCAAGGCCUCAAAGGUACUACAAAAGUCACCUUCUGCCAGAAGAAUGUCUGAUGUGCCGGAAGGAGUCAUAAGGGUCCACGCCCCGCUUUUCUCCAAGGUGUCCAUGGCCAUUCAACUGAACAGUCACACCAAAGCCAAAGACAUACUGGCCAAAUUCCAGUUUGAGAACAGCCAUGGCUCAUCAGAAUGUAUUAAGAUUCAGAACCAAAGGUUAUAUGAAAUUGGAGGAAAUAUAGUCCCCUGCUGGGGGUGGACGACUGGGAGAAAAGCGAGUUCUGCUCACACCUCGGCCCCAAGUCCUCGUCAUCGGACCUCACAAACUCCUGACGCCCGCCCACUCCCAUUUCUCUGCGCCCCCUGCGCCAAGCUCCUCUGUCAGCCGUAGCUGAGGUCCCGGUCCCUCCUGGCCCUCAGCACAGUCCCUCUCUCCCCCAGGUCCCGGGAGGACUCUCACGCUCCGCCCCCCAGCCCUCCCGCUUCUCAGCUGCUGCCUUCCUUCCUUCCGCUUACCCGAGCCUCCUCUGUUUCUGCCCUCUCCCCUCAGCCUCUGCUGGAGAGCUGGAGGGUGCAACCCUCUGAACUCGGGGUGUUUGCGCUUCCUGCGGGGCUCAAUCCACGGCCUCACUUUCAGGACACCUGCAUGGGGAGGCACCUCAAACGUGCCUGGGCUUCUGCUCAGACCGGGAGCUUCUGCUGACCCACUCACGGCUGCCUGGGGCCUCGCAUGCACGCCCUGCCCUUCCACAUCGUCCAGUCUCCUCGCCGCUGCCACGCCUCUGGCGGUCCAUCACCUUCCAGCCACGGUUCCCGGGCUCACACACCCUCUCCACAAGCCUUCUUUGUUGUUUUCCUGUAAUGUGCUUCUCACCACCAGUCUCACUUUGUGUUCACGUGGUUGUUCACUGUACAGGCUGACAGGUGCGAGGCCAGGGCUCAAACAGUGCCCAGGACAUCUUGGUAACUGUCCUGCAUCACCUGCAGUAAAGCAACAGCGUGAGCAUCCCUAAAACACACUGUGCCCGCCGAGUGCUGCUGAGGUUACUCUCUGUAAAGCCAAGAGAGGACUUGUGUCAGCAUAUGAACAAUCAGUUUAGACCACAAACAAACUCUUGUCGCAUUUCUCCAUCUGAUGUGGUAAAGCAGGGAAUAAUUUUCCUGUGGUUGGUGUGUCUGGUUUUUUUCCCCAAUUUCAUAUGAGAUUUAUUUGAAUUACCUCGAAGUCAGAGAGAAAGCGGGGUGGGGGGGAGCUUUGUUAAGAAACUUUAAAAGGUACACACACUUCCCUCUGUCAAGGAGAACUCUUCUUGGCUUCCGUGGAACCUCACACACACGAACCAUGCAUGGUUUGCACCAGAAAGGCCUGCAGGCUUGAAACCUUCUGUGAUUUUUCUCUUUCUUUCAGGACAGCAUUGCUUGGAUCCAGAUGCAUACGUAUUGGAUGUAUAUCGUGUAAAUCCUCAUGCAGAAUGGGUCAUUAAGCCAGAACCAAGUCCUUGAAAUAACCCCCAUGCAGCUGUGAUCACAUAUUAUAUUCCAAGGAGACGCUGCUUGUGGUGGGGAAACAAGACUCCCUGGACAUGCCUGUCCCAUAGCCCUCAGGGGUCCUUGUCCUGAGGGGAAGCAUCGCCAGCCUCGUCAGCGUGAACUGUGUGAAGGAGGGGCUCACCACUUGAGCUGAACGCUCUCCACUCUUCCUGGAUGAGGAAGGGAGCCUGGGUCCUCCCAGAAGUGAGGCUCUACAGGAUGCGAGCUCCAUCAUUGCUCCAGUUCUGUUUCUGCAGCAGAUGUGAACAUGACCUUGUACAUGACCUUGGGGACAAGCAGCUCUUCCUUUCAUAGCCAAUGCCACCAACAAGGGGAAGAGACUCUUUUUAUACUUAUGUUAUACACAUUUAUUGACCUCUUUUUUUUUUUUUAGCAAGAAUGCCAGAAACAGCCUUAAUUUCUGCCCUACAAAAUACUCCACAUCUACUUUCCAAAGGGAAUCAGUUUCUAAAGUGAAACAGACAAUAUUUAUGCUCUGACUGGCUCCUGGAUUGGAGGAGGAACUUCCAUCUAAAAAAAACUGUUGCUACAAAUGUCGUGCUGAGUGAUGGCUGUCAUCGUUCUCCAAUGAGCACUCUGUGUCGUUGAGUAUUGAGGUGAUAUUUUGUCACUCAUGGUCUCAUGAGCAGGUGCCCAUCAGGUGUCCAACCCUUCCAGACCCUUCCUGACCCUCCUGACCCUUCCUUGGGGUCAGCAGUCACAGUCUCUGGUUUUCCUCCAUGUUCAUGGUGCUCAGUGAACAUCCUUCCUUGUGCCAGACUCAGAUUUCCCUCUCUGAUCACACACAUUUUUCUUUUUUACAGUUCACAACUGUAGGUAGUGAUUUCUUUCUGCAGCCCCAACCUAAAAAUACAAAACUGCUUGUAUCCACGUGUGGUGAAAAGUGCCCUUAGCUCCAGCUGUUACAAGCCGCACACACAGAUUUUGCUUUUGUUCAUUAAGUGUAGACAUGGCCGAGCACUGUGAAGGAGCAGCGGGCUGGGGAAUCAGAUGUGUGUUGGGAAGCUGUCUCUCCAUUGAGUUUCUGCAGUUGGCCACAGCACUCGGUCCUCAUGCUUCUGAUUUAGGGCAAGUCUAGAACACGCUGAGGAUGGGCUGGCUCUGCCUUCCCUCUUGGGGUCCCAGAUACUGUCCGUCUAGGACCAGCCCAACUGGGGAUAGAGUUCUCAUUUCCCCAAAGCAUAUACUUCAGGGUGGAAUCCAGACUGAGAUUUUGAUGGGUUUAGAUCAGUUUUCAUAAGAGUUAAGGCCAACAUGACUCUCACUUGCAGUUCAACAUGGAAUCACAAACACAGAAAACAUUUUUUAUUUUACCAAGUGUCAACUUAACAUAAUACCUUUAAUUGCAUUUAUGGAAGAAAUCCUGUGCAUGUUACUUUAUGCCUUGAUGUCUCUACAAAACAUUAUUUAUAUUCCACAUCCAGGUAAUUGUAUUUCUAGCCUUUGGGAUUUUGUUAUACUUUUAUAAGAAACACAAAGAUGUAUUCAUUUAAUUUGUUUAUUUGAGAAUCUUUAUUUCCUUUGGCAGAUAACCAGUUAGAAAAGAAUUCUAUAAGCUUAUAUUUCUGCCUGUAUUUCAUCAGUUUUCAGCAUAUGCUAACUUGAUGGCAUGUGAGUUUACACAAUGAAUUUCUAGAGUAUGAAAAACAAAACAAAGCAAAAUAAACAUUGCAACAGAAUAAACAUUCCCCUUCAUGUGGUUGCCAAGUUCCAAGGCAUUACACAUUACAUGGUAGGAAUCUACACCCACAUGUGGAAGACAAUUUUCAAAUAGCUACCUUACACUUCUCCCUACAUCUGUACCUGGUAUUUCUCACCGUAUCUCAUUAGAAGGGUUAAAAUUCUGUUGUGAUUUUAUUUAAAACUCACAAAUCUAUUCAUUCAUUAUUUUUAUUUCAGAGUUUUCCUUUCUUCUGACUGACAACACAUUAGAACCUGUACAUAAAGAGUCCCAGGUUUACUCCUGGUCCCUAGGCUUGUUUACAUAGGGACCCCGGAGGUGACAGGUGAAAUGCAGGAAUUCUCUAAAGUUCUUACCCCUGCCAUGUGGUUUUGGGUGGACACUUCCAUUCAUCCAAGGCCAAGUGGCAGCUCUCAGACAGCUGUAUAAUAUGGAGAACCAUGUCCACAUUGCCAAACCAUUAGAACUUUUAUUCCCCAUCAUAAGAUUAACUGGUUAAAGAAAAACAUUUGCAGACACACAAAAACUAAUACUUCUGUGGUUAAAGUUCUUUUGCCUAAUUUAAUUCUUACAGAAUAAAUAAACCCUAAACUGCCUGUCACCUAAAGACUUAAAGGAUUGGAAAACAGCAGAGUUGGUUUUUUCAAACUUCAGUACCCAGUCUAUGAAGCGAAUGGUAUAUUUGCAAACAAGAGGAAGGUCAGACACCCAGCUCAUAAAUAUUAUCUUUUUUUUUCUUUUUUGGAUUGUCUGAGACAGGGUCUCCCUACCUAGUUCAGGCUGGCCUUGAACUCACUAUGUAGCCCAAGCUGGCCUCAAACUUGCAGUGAACCUCCUGUCUCAGCCUCCCGAGUGCUGGAAUUACAGGUGUGCACCACACCUGGGUAUAAAUAUUAUUCUUAAUGGCUUCUCCCAUGCUGUCCCAAGUGCUCUUGGUACCUGUUCAGGAACAUGGUAUCCUCCAGGAAAGUAUCAGAGGAAAUUAACAUUUUGGGAAUAUUAUUCAGGAAAAUUCCUAGAACUGACUCAUUUAUUCCUCCAUUCUGCAAAAGAGGAUCUCUGUGUGAAGCAGCUCACUUGGGAAUAGUGCGUGCUUCUUGCAGUCAGUGACGUUUGAACAAACUGGAAUGCCGUUCUUUACAGUGCACCCGCAGUAUAAACUACCUCAUGUGCCUUUCUGGGAAGAAAAUGAAGACUUUAACAUGUCUCUUGCAGCCUGUCUUUGAGUCUUAUUUAAGUUGCUUCAGUCAGCUUUCAGUGUACAUUGGGUAAUAGACAUUUAAUGAUGUAAAAUAUCUCUAUUGAAAGCUUUAAACCACAGAGUGCUGUGUCGUGUGACUGGGGUGGACUUGGAGCCCGUGGUGAUGGUCUCGGUGUCCAGCUGUGUGGUCGGGGUUUCCAAAGGUGGGAACUGAUGUCCAUCUUUCCUCUCCAGCAUUUUCAGCUGCCAUCCAUGCGUUUCCUGACUGAAAAAUGACGUGACAUUGAAAUGUCCCUUUCCAGCAAGCACAUUUCGCCUGCUUUUCAUGUGUGCAUUACUUGCCUGAAAAGAUUACGUAUGAUGGGAUUGAAUAGUUCCCCUGACUCACAUUUAUCAAGUGUUUUCCAUAAAUAUCACUUAAUAAAAAAUAACAUGACAUGGAAUUAAAAUGUUUCUUUCAAGCAUUUCAACAGUUUUUCGCAUACACACCUAAUUUUAAAAUAACAUCUUUUGGUCUUUUUCAACUAUUUCUUAAAACUAAUUUGAAAAAUCACAUUUCACUGGAAAAUGCCAAUGCUGUACAUUUUCUCCUUUCUCAAGAGUGAAUAUUGACUCUCCUCCUCUCAGCUUUCCUGAAGUAGAACAUGUAUGUUGCAUUUUAUUCCUAAGAAUAAAGAGAAAAGCUGAAAA